AUGCACUACAUCGGCAGCCGAGGGAUAAUCUACCGGGACCUGGCCGCCCGCAACGUGCUCGUCGACGAACACGGCUGCUACAAGGCCGCCGACUUCGGACUCUCCGGGGACAUUAGGGACUCCGAGACGGACGUCUACCACCAGAAGUCCAAGGGCGUCUUCCCGGUGCGGUGGAUGGCUCCGGAAUGCGUGCAACUUCAGGUAUUCACCUUCAAGUCCGACGUCUGGGCGUUAGGCGGGAUACUGCUGUGGGACAUCGCCACUUUGGGCUCGAUGCCUUACCCCGGCCUGGGCGCUCAGGAGGUCACCCGCCACGUGCGUGACCGUCACGAGAUGACGCAGCCGACCGACUACCGCUGGGAGCUGUACCGCGUGGUGAGGGCCCGCUGGACGACUUGGACCUUGGACGCAUGA